AUGUCAUACUCGUACGACCGCACCACGACUCGCAGAACCGGAUCCUCUUCAACGCGUCGGGGCACUUUCUCAUAUUGGGUGCCCCUAGCUUUAACAGUCACGGUUGCGACGGUGGGAAUUGUUGCUUGGAUAUGGAGUGAACGAAAUGAUGAUGAUGACGAGGAACCGAGACCAGAUAUUGGACCAGAUCCGUACCAGCAAAAUGCAGGAUAUGGCAGAAAUGAGGAUGGAAGUGUGAGGUUAGGACCGCCGUCUUAUGCUGGCGGGGUGCGACCGGGUGAGGUUGGAUAUGGAACCGUUGAAAAUCGGCCAGAGGAGUCGCAGAGUUACAUGGCACGGAUGUCGGGCGCAUUGAGGAGAACGCCCAGUCCACAGCAAGUUUUUGAUGGAGUUAGUAGGACUGUGGUUGGAGGUGUUGUUGCUGCUGGUGCAGUUGUUGGAACAGCACUUUCUUCGAUUAGGGAGGAAGACAAAUCAGCCUUUAAGGAUCACCAAAGAUGGUCUGAAGAAGCAGCAUUAAGACGUGCUGGUGUCGACCCAGCAGCGCCAGGUCCUAUUGAUAUGCGAUCAACUGAUAGUGUUCCUCCUGUCGCGACAACAUCAAAGUCAACUACUGGUGGAAAGAGAAAGACUGUAGCGAUUGUUGUAUCGGCGGAGGAUAACAUUGCGGAUAUGGAGGACGAUGAUGGAUUCCAUGAGCAUGCAUCCAUUCUUUCACAUUUACAUUCAAACACCGAUUUCUCAAAGAUUCGGCUAUUCGUCCUGAUAUAUGCACCUGGCUUGAAAGAGCAUCCUCUGGACGUAGCUUCACGUCCACCACAGAGUCUCAGCUCCUCAUUCUCUAAUAUUGGUCAUGAUCAAGCUCAAUCACCAACACCUGGAGAAGAAGAAAAGCAAUUUCAAUCUAGCUCAUCGCAUUUCGAUGCAGUAUAUAAACAAGCCAAAUCGUUGGUGGAGAAGGACACAAUGGUUCUCCCAUUUACUACACCAACUGGACACGUUCAUAUUCUUCGUCACCUUGGCCCAGAAGUUGUCUACCUCCAAGAAUCGCUUGCGGGUGCUAAUGGUGAGAUCAUCACACAUCUCCAAAGCUGGCUACGACAAGACGUUGUUCUCGUCGUUGGCGCAGAGGGAGGGCAUGGAGGCCUUGCAGAUAGUGAGUCGGAGGCGGAACAAGCGCCAAAGAAAGACCAGUGGUGGGAGAAAGAGGAGAGAGUUGGUCGAGGAAGAGGUGUGGUCGUGGUGGAAAGUGUAAGAGUUGGCGACGAUUGGGCUCGUCGGAUCGAAAAUAAGGAUUAA